AGAGCGCAUAUGCCGUCACGUCUUCGUUUAGUUGCUUUCAGACCUCGUCCGUUAUUGGUGACAUCUAUCAUAAUGCAAAGUGUAUUCAUAUUUUUUAUUUGUUUACCUGUGGUCAUAGUGAAUUCCCUUUUCUGCUUUUGGAACAGUGGAUGUCCAUACAGACAUUUUUCUACGAAAACCCCAUACAAUCUGGUAAGGGGUGACAUUAGAGACUCUGUUAUCAAGGUCAAAGGUUGUACAGCAGUUAGUAUAUGGUCACUCUAUAGACAUGGCAAAAGGUAUCCCAACAAGCAUUCUGCUCAUUUGAUGGAGAACGCUGUAGCAAUACGCAAUCAUAUUGCUGAUAGCUUUGAAAACGGAAAAUGUUCACUUUGUGCCCAAGACGUCGACAAUGUGAUAAAUUGGAAAGUUGACCACAGAUUGUUUAAGGGUAUUACAGAACUCACUGAUGAGGGAUAUAGAGAAAUGUAUUCUAUAGCUAACAGAUUAAAAGCUACUUUUCCUGAUCUCCUAACAAAUCUCAAAGAAAAUGAAUUUACUUUUCGACCAACUGCGGAUGACAGGAUGGAAGAAAGUGCUCAAGCGUUCGUUGACGGUAUUGGCGAGAGAUUGUCUAUUGAGCAAUUAAAAGUUAAUGACUCCAUUACACCUUAUACGUCGUGUGGUAAAUAUGGAAGCGAAGUAAAGGACAAUCCAAAGACAUUUGAAGAAUCGUCCAAAUAUCAAAAAAGUUCGGAAUAUCUUGCGAUGAAAGAUCGAAUCCAACGACGCGCUGGUCUUGACAUAAAACUGACAGACGAUAACGUUACGGCACUUUACGAUUUGUGUCGUUACACAUGGUCAGGAAUCGACAGCAUUGCGAGCCCUUGGUGUGCUGUGUUCACAUCCGAAGAUCUUCAAGUAUUGGAAUACGUUGAGGACCUGAAUCAAUACUACAAAAGCGGGUAUGGUUCACCGAUGAACGAGCUGUUGGGUCAUAUAAUUCUGGCUGACCUACUAAAAUCUUUUCAGCAAGUAAAGAAUGGAAAUGGCAAAAGAAUCACUGCUUACUUUAGCGAGUCGACGACUAUUGAUAUGACUUUAUCAGCCUUAGGGCUUUUUAAGGACAAAGAUGUUUUACGCGGCUCUCAAAGGAAUCGAGACAGAAAAUGGAGAAGCUUUAAGCAGUCAUCGUUUUCGGCCAACAUAAUGGCUGUAUUGAGCAGAUGCUAUCUUAAUGGGAAUGAAGAUUACACCGUUGUGUUUUAUUUAAACGAAGAGCCAAUAAAAUCAAUAUGCUUAGAAGGAAUUUGUCCGUGGAAGGAAUUCGAAGAUAAAUUUAAGCCAUUUCUUGAUACAAACAUAGAUUUUUGUGAAUUUAACGCAAUACGAUAACUUUAAAAAAAGUAGAUAAUAACGUUACAGUAAAUAAUUUUAGUAAGUAAUUAUUUAAAUAAUAUUAUUCUUGCAAAAGCGACCUCCUGAGAAUUUAAGAUUCAUGCAUGAUGUAGUAACAUCUAAUAAUUUAAUUCAUAACUACUAAUUUUGAUAUUUUAUGGUUAUUGCUAAUUUCUCUAUAAUGGGCUACUGUUGUUAGAAAUAAAUGGAUUUCAAU